AUGCGGAGGACGUUGGCUCUCCUCGCCAGCAGCGCCGCAUCAGCUCGGCCAGAGCUGAUCCGAAUCCGUAACGCAACUUUCUUCCGCGAGCACCCUACAUCAGUCGGAGAUGCCGCAACCAAUCCUCCUCUUUUCCAAAACUUGAACUUUAGCUUGUCUGCCACCAAGGUUGGCGACGAGACGACACGUAAAGAUGAACAUUGGGCGGUUAUAGCUGCCAAUGAUGGCACGACUUUCCUUGACGUCCUUCGAGGCUCCCAUAUCUGCCUUCCUCCAAAUUCUCGAACAUACCCAUACCUCUCCUCUGAAGAUAUUGACCGGAAAGAUCACCGCCUGCGGAUACCUUCUCGUGCCAUCCAGUAUGUGGGCUUCAUGCCCGGUAAAGGCAAAAGUCAGGGCAGCGGUAUUCAAGGAGCUUAUCUAAGUGCGCGAUAUGAGAGUCACAGAGAAGAAACAGAUUGGUCCGUCCAGCAAUAUCUGAAAGGAGAGACCGAGCUCAAUCCAUUAGAAAACAAGCAUGGAUCACAUAUCGAUGACAGGCUACUUUCGCGGGUUGUUGCUGACCUACGACUGGAAAACUUGCUCUCUAUGCCAGUUAGCAACCUCAGCAAUGGCCAGACCCGUCGGUCGCGUAUAGCGAAGGCUUUACUGGGGAACCCAGAAUUACUGUUACUUGACGAUCCUUUUAUGGGACUCGAUCCCCCAACACUUGUCAGACUCUCUCCUAUACUCAGAGAUCUCGCAUAUAACUCGUCCCCUCUGCUGCUAUUAGCUUUGCGACCACAGGACCCAAUUCCAGAUUGGAUUACACAUCUGGCCAUUCUUGGACACAACAACACUGUUCCAUUCAUUGGGGCCAAGGCGGACGUAUUGUUUGCUCAGCAUCACUGGGCGAACAUCUAUGGCAACAGCGAUCCCAACCAUCCAGCACCGCCAACAGCUCGCAACGCCGCCGACCAGUUGGCACAGAUUUAUGGCCCUCCACUACAGGACGUUGGCACAAGUUUGACCGACAAAGGAGUCGUGCAAUACGACGCGACAUCCACGUUCUCGCCUGCCAGCGACGCAGUCCCCGGUGGUGACGAUGGCGAAGAUGAAUCAGCAGAUCUUACUACGGAGCAGCGAGCGCGAGUCCAUCAAAUCAAAGCCGUUACAGAGUCACGCUUACGAUAUCUGUGGAGUCUUGUCGCUAGACCACCUAGCCGCUUCACGACUUCCACCAGGGAACCAGCAUCGGGGAUUCAGUGUGAUGCUGUCUCAAGCACUGAAAGCAGCGGGCUGGAAGCACCUCGCCGGCAGCUCGGUGAGCCUGUGAUCGAGCUUGAGUCCGUCGUGGUCAAGUACGGCGACAAAGUCGUGCUUGGUCACUCUCCACCCCAAUCUGGCUUCACUGCGCCAGGUCUGAAUCUCAGCAUAUAUCAAGGCUCCCGCCUUGCACUUCUUGGUCCAAAUGGGUCCGGAAAGACAACAUUCCUGUCACUUCUCACUUCAGACCAUCCUCAAUCUUAUUCGCUGCCAAUCAAAUUCUUUGGCCGCCCCCGACUGCCUGAGCCAGGCAAACCAGGAUUAUCACUAUGGGAAAUUCAGUCCCGCAUUGGCCACUCGGCACCGGAGGUCCACGCAUUCUUUCCGAAGAGGCUGAGCAUUCGCCAAACCCUGGAAUCAGCGUGGGCCGAAACAUAUAUUUCCAAACCAAAGCUCUCGUAUGAACGGGACGAAAUGGUGGACGCUUUCCUCAGGUGGUGGGAGCCAGAGCUUCGCCAGGACCGAGCUACAAUCUCAGCUCCGGGGGAAGCAUAUCACAAGAAGUUCAGAGACGUAUCCUCCGGUUCGAGACUUGAUCGCUCUCGCACUAUAAAGAGCCUCGUUGAGUCAUCGUACCCACCGUACAUCACACUUCAAACACCUUUCGGCAAGUCCCCAGCGGAGGACGCUGAGCACAGAUCUUUGGGAGGCGUUGAUUGGGCAGAGGACAAAGACACGCACUCUUUUGGCAUGUUGCCGUUUGGGACGCAGCGACUUUUACUGCUGCUGCGCGCGAUGAUAAAGCAGCCAGACAUCCUCAUUCUGGAUGAGGCUUUCUCUGGGCUGUCAGCUGAUGUACGCGAUAAGGCCAUGUGCUUCCUGGAGUACGGAGAGACUAAGUUUCUUAUCAAUCAGCCAGACCUGGAUGCGGUUCGGCUCGGCAUGUAUGAAAAGCCAACAGCUCAUGACCGGAGACCUUGGGACAAUCAUCGCGUUGAUAUACAGCGCUUGGUUCACGCCAACAAUCUUGAGCUUUCCAAGGUCCUGGCGAAUCGGAGCAGGAGUGGGGGAUAUGACGAGCUUUUGGAGCGUUCCAAAGAAGAGCUUCUACAACAAGCGCAAAAUUUCGGCAGAGAACUCGGAAACGGCACACGGUGGGUUACGAACACGGAGGUUCGUGACUACCGAUUCAAGGGUCUCACGGACCGCCAAGCCAUGGUGGUCGUCAGCCAUGUCAAAGAAGAAGUGCCAGUCAUCUGCGAUGAAUGGGUUCGCCUCCCUGGCGAGGAAGAGGUACAGCAAGGAAAGUCGGUUGAGAUGGGCUGGGUGGGACGGGGCGGCAUCGCGAGGCAAUGGUCAAACGUUUGGGGCAUCGCUUAG